AUGCAGCCGGUGAUUCAGCGGCUGAGGCUGAACAUGCGUCAGAGUUCCAAACAGAAGCACGUCAGCUCCUCUUCUCGCUGCAGCAUCAGCGCUUGUCAUCGGCCCGGGAUUCCCACCGGAGUAACAGGAAGUGGGCGGGGCCAGAGAAGACAAGAGGAAGAGAUGGCACCGUGCCGAGAGCUCAUUUCGAAGAUAAAUGUUUCCUCACACCAUGUCCAGUCGGCGUUCAUGAACCUUUAUGACAUUGCAUUUCUCUUCCUGAACCUGGAGCCGGAUCACGGCAGCAGCUCUAUCACCGACUGUCGGCCGGAGAGCAGAGAGACUCCCUUUUGUCUGCACUAA